CAUAGGAAACAUUCCAAUUGAAAUGAGUAGAUGCAAUUUUUCUAACACAACAAAGUUUCUUUCCUUGUUAUUCCCCCACCCGGAGAAGCACUUCUUGAAGGAAAAAAUGUCCUGCAAGAUGGCAAAGGGCUUGAUAUGGGCUACAGCAGAGGAUUUGGCCCGAAAUAGAGGAAAGGUUCUCUCAUUGUAUCGCCAAAUACUGAGAAGCCUUAACUCUCCAAAGUUACCACUUAAUUUAGCUGCAAGAAUGGCUAAGAAGGCAGAGGUACGUGCCAUUUUUUUGCUGGGUUCUGAGGAACGGUCAGUGCACAACAUUGUUGACCUCAUUGAUGCUGCAGAAUACUCUCUUUCCCUUUUAAGAAAAGGUGAAAUCCCUAAGCACAUUCAAUGAGCCAACUGAUUUACUUCUCAGAAUAGUGUUUUCAAAUCUUUCUCUCCUUUUCUAUUUGAGUUCAUUCCUGAAGUGUCAGUUGUAAUGGAUAUUAUUCUUUUGGUACUGGACCUAAAAUGGAGUGGUGGUCUUUUAUCUUUCAUA